AUGUUCAAGUCGCUCAGCGACAAGAUGCGCUACGAAAAAGUCAGCUCCGAUACCGACGCGAGCUCAACAGAGAACCUCCUCUCCGAAGCUCACGAGCACCACUACCCACGACCGACAAUACGAUCACGACUAUGGCCGACUCUCAACGUCGCACUCUUUUGCGCCUCCCUCGGCUUCUUCACACUUGGCUACCUCCAAAGCCACCCUUCUAAUCUCGAGAUGAUGAAGCGCACAUCCUUCUACUCCCCCGUAUGGGACAGCAUCAAGCUCCGCUCCCACGACUCCGUCGUUAGCGGCGCCCUCUGGACACACAACGCCAGCGACCCCUUCCGGAGCUUCAUGACGCCCUCCGCCACCGUCGAAGACCACUGGCAAGCCCUCGAGGACAUUCGCGUCUUCCCCAUCACCGAGGCCGAGCUCCUCCGUCUCGGCAAGGAACCAGCCGUGAGCGUCAAGUUUCCGCCAUCCUACGGCCUCGGCGAUGACGCCUACAUGGCGCAGAUUGACAUGUUCCACCAGGUGCACUGCCUCAAUCUCCUGCGGCAGCAGGCGUGGAAGGCGUACGACCACAACGCCACCGUCCACAGCGAGCCGUACCGCCCGCUGCACUGGAUCCACGUCUCGCACUGCACCGACAUUCUGCUCAAAAACAUCAUGUGCGCGGGCAGUCUCGACAUCGUGACGUAUCAAUGGCUCGAGUCGCAGCACCACCCGUGGCCAGACUUCGACGUCAACCACAAGUGUCGCAGCUUCGAGGACAUUGCGGACUGGCAGGAGAAGCAUGCUGUGCCCGUGGCGUGGGGUCGGAAUGUGACAAGGCCGGUGGGCUUCCAGGAGGUGCGCAUGCCGGAUCUCUUCUUUGAGCUGAAUAAUGUGACGAGAGAGUUUGUGGCGGCCGCGAGCGAGGAGGACUUUCAGCAAGACCACGCGGGGCAUGAUCACGACCAUUAG